UUCCUUCCUUCAUUCUUCUAUGCGCCGUUCAUUCCUCUUCCUUCCUUCAUUCUUCUACGCACGCAGGAAACGGCCGGCGCGGUGCUCUCAUCUUCUCAAUUUCUGAAAAACACGUCUUCCUUCCUUCCUUCACACUGGUAACCGCCGCCGCCGUUCUUCAUCAGGGGAGUUUAAUUUGUUUAUGAAUGAAGAUGCCUCAAAAUUUGUUUGUGUCUGGAUUUCAAUUGCAACUUCAAUUGUAUCCUUGAGACUUAAACUCUUAAUUAAAUAGCACUUGAGAUGACUUAUUUAGUUGAGAACUAAACCAAAAUUUGAUUCUUAUCAUAUGGAAGAAGUAGAAGUAUUUCUCUUUUCUAUAAGGAUGGUGCAGAUAUGUUUCUCAUUACUACUUCUGCCGUUUUCAUAACAUGCUGUUUGAAAAAUAAAUCUUUGGAUGUAUGGUUUAUGUAAUUACAAGGUUGAUCAAAUGGUGUUUAUGGUGAUGAUAUCUGUUGCAUUCAUGCUAUAAACCUGUGUGGUCGUUUUUUGUUCUUCUUCUAGAAGCCGUGUUCGCCGUGUUCUCAAUCGCUCAAGAAACCACCGCCGCCGUUCAUCAGGAACUUGGAUCAACUUGAGGUGUUAUCGAAGAAAUAGAAGAAGCUUAAUCAAAGACUAUAAGAGUCAAGGCGUCUUCACAAUCCAUUGCUGCAACUAGUUGACAGGCAGCACUAAGCCAUCAUAUGCAGCUCAAAAGUGGGCAAGUUUGGCUCUGACCUUUCAGUUCUAGGCCUGCUGGUAGUGAUGUUAUUGGAAUUGAUUUGGGUACUACAAUUCAUGUGUUCCUUUAAUGGAGGGAAAGAGAGGCUACCUUCUAAAGUCUUGGUCAUACUAAAAGGGUUAUUGGAACAACAACAAAAUCAGUGAAAAAUAAAUCUCAUUCAGAUGAAAUGGUGUUUGCUUGGAAAAUGGGGGAUGAAGAAGAACAUCCAAUUCUCAUUCCCUCCAUGCGUAGAAAUUGGGUAUAGAAGCUUACGUUCAGAUGCAGCAUUAGAAGCCAUAGCUAAAGCUUCAGAAGACAAAGUUCCCAACGUAGUUCUCUACAAUUACCCUUCAUUUUCUGGAGCUUUCUCUUCUCUCUUUGCUCACCUCUUCCACACUCGUCACGAUCUCCCUUCCCUUUCUUUACCUUUCUCUUCUGUCCCUUCCCUCGCUUUCAGGGUUGAAGAUUUGUGCAUUGAAAGCCUUCAGACAUGCUAUUUGCUUGACUUUCUUCCUCCAAAGGAAUUCAUUUUCAAACUUUCCCAUCAAUCAAAUUGCAAGAUUAUUGGGUUUGAUCAUCGAAAAUCGGUGCUUUCACAGAUUCCUUCUACAAAUGAGUGUCCUGAGAAUAUUAUGAUUAAUCUUAACCAUGAAAAGAGUAGUUCAAGAGCUGUUUAUGAGUACUUUACCGACAAACACGAAGACAUUCAAACUUCUAAUGGUGUGGUUCCAAGUUUGGUGGACUCAAAAGAUAAAGGGCGAGUGGAGCUUAUUCUUAAGUAUAUUGAGGAUGCUGAUCUUCGCCAUUGGAGCUUGCCUGACAUUAAACCCUUUAACAUUGGACUGAGUGAAUGGCGGUCGAGGUUUAGCUGCAUUUCUAACCCAUACAUGUUUAAGCAGUUGCUGGAAUUGAGUGUUGAAGAGUUAAUUGCUAAAGGAAAUUCAUCUCUUUUAGCUCGCCAGAAUGCUGCAAGUAAAUUGCUGGAUAAGGUUUUCAGGGUUCGGCUGGGUAGAGGAUUUUAUGGAGAGUGUCUGGGAGUUCGGGCAGAUGGGAACUCUAACUUAAGUGAUGAAAUUGGCAUGCUUCUCAGUGUAAAAAGUGCUGCUAUUGGUCUGAGGCCCAUAGGAGCUGUGAUAUUCAUGCAACGGAAUAAUCUCAAAAUGUGCUUGCGAAGCUCUGAUAAUGCUACUGAUACUUCUGAAGUUGCUAAGGCAUAUGGCGGAGGAGGUUCUGCAAGUUCAAGCUCCUUCAUAAUAAGGAUGGAUGAGUAUAACCAAUGGCUUUCAGCUAAUUCAUUAUGAUGGUUUCCGGGUUUGAAUAUCUCGUCUUGCCUUUAGGAAUGAUAAUAUGAUGGUUUGUGGUACUUGAUGUAAUAUCAAAUUUUGAGGCAAAAAAGGGAUCUAUUGAGGCAGAGACAGAGUGUGCGGUGUCUGUAGAACACUUAUAUUCCUCAUCUGAUAUGGAGAAUGACAGUAGCGUUAUCCAUAGACUGCUGUCUUGAUCAUUGAUGUUGCACACGAUAAGAGUUGAGAAGGUAGAGCAUGAGCAAGAACAAAGCAUUCAUCUUGGGGGUAAACAGGCUAUUGUUUAGAAGGUUGAUUUCAAGGACAAAGAUGUCGAAGUAGAUGAAAUUGAAAUAACAUUCCUAGCGUCUAUUUUCUGAUUAGUUUUAACUGUUGAAGCUCUAAUACCACCGCUGCAAUUGUGUUUUUUACCAUCAGUUAUUGGAUCUUCUUCCACCAGUGUUCUUUUUUAUUACAUAUUUUGACAUUUUGGUAUUCGAUUAUUAGCUUCAGUGAUUUCUAUCCUUUUUUUGUUGAAA